AUGCUGCAUUUGCCAGCUGCGGAUGUGCACUACUGGGACCACAUCACGGGUGACAGGUCCAUCCUUGAUCCGUGCUACAGCGGCAUUUGCAGCUUGGAGAAGUUCUUAGCCAACCCAAACAACCCGGAUGGAAAUGCCUUUCGCCUGCAGCUGUGGAUGUACACCAUACGUAUGCUGCAGUACUCGGAUGCACUGGUUCACCUGCUCAGCACCGGCCAGGGAGUGGUGCUGGAGCGGUCCCUCUUCAGUGACUUUGUCUUCCUGGAGGCUAUGCACAAGCAAGGCUACGUCCGCAAACAGUGUGUGGAUUACUACAACGAGCUGAAGGCGAUCAGCAUAUGCGAGUUCCUGCCGCCACACCUGGUGGUGUAUAUCGACAUGCCUGUAGAGGAGGUGCAGGCCCGUCUCAAGCAGAAGGCAAAGCCAAUGGAGCAGAACAUCUCCCCUGCCUACUUGACCAACAUUGAUGCCUGCUACAAGCAGAAGUUCCUGCCAGAAGCCAGAAAAGUGUCAGAGGUCUUGGAGUACAACUGGAAAAUCGCAGAAGAUACUGAGCGGGUGUACGACGACAUCAUCAGCUUGAAUUGGGAAAAGGAUCCAUGGAAGCUGCAGGAUAACGUGACCUUGUACCACAUUCGUGACUUCAUGUCUGAUAAGAUGAAAGUGGCCAACCUGACCGUCACAUCAAUGUUCGUCCCAGAAGCCACCGUCGGGCCUUACGAAGUUGAAGAAAUCUAUUACUCCUACCGUAAUCUGCCUGGGCGGAAAUACUCACCAGGAUACAAUGCAGAUGUGGGUGACAAGUUGAUCUGGUUGAAGUAA